AUGAAGUUCACAAUGAUUCCUAUUGGGCUUCUUGGACUCUUCAUAGCAUCUGCUUUUGCUGACUAUAAUAUCAACAUCAAUGAUGAUGGCAACACUGCUGGAAGUGGGCAACAGACAGUGAGUGUCAACAACGAACACAAUGUGGCCAAUAUCGACAAUAACAACGGAUGGAACUCCUGGAACACCCUCUGGGAUUAUAACACUGGCUUCGCUGCAACCAGACUCUUUGUCAAGAAGUCAUGUAUUGUGCAUAAAAUGAAAACUGAUGUCAUGCCCUCCAUUCAAGCCCUUGAUGCACUGGUCAAGGAGAAGAAGCUUCAGGGUAAAGGACCAAGAAAACCAUCUCCCAAGGGUCUGAUGUACUCAGUCAACCCUAACCAAGUUGAUGACCUGAACAGAUUUGGAAAAAACAUUGCUGGCAUGUGCCAGGGGAUUCCAACCUAUGUGGCUGAUGAGAUUCCAAGAGCAAACCUGUUUUUUUACUCAGAAAAGUGCUACAGUGCUGACAUACUCUGGAUUCUGAACAUUUCCUUCUGUGGAAGCACAGUGGAGAACUAAAACAAAUAUUUUAAAGACACUCUGGAUUUAGUCAUCAGAGUAUGCUAUGUAGAAAAAUAUGGGUCUUAAUGUUUUUUAUCAUGUCAUUCUGAAAUGGUUUCUGCUAGUUAUGUUUGGUUUCCUUAAGCUUCAA